AUGAAGGUUGUCAUUGUCGGCGCUGGCCUGGGUGGACUGGCUUGUGCAAUCGCUUGCCGCCGAGAAGGUAUCGAUGUGGAAAUUCUUGAGCGAUCUCCAGAAAUUCACGAAUUCGGAGCAGGCAUCCAAGUGCCACCUAAUGGAAGCAGAAUCAUGCGGGAAUUUGGGCUCCUGCCACAACUGCUCGAGAAGGGAAGUCAAGUCCAAGAUGUGCAUUUUCGAAGAUAUAAGGAUGGUCGACUGUUGCGAACAAUGCCAUGUGGAGAUGAUAUCACCGAAGAAUAUGGGACUCCAUGGGUUAUUAUUCACCGUGUCGACUACCAUCGCAUACUACAUGACGAAGCAAUGCGUCUUGGUGUGGUCCUCCGACUGGGAGCAGAGGUCACCGAUAUCUCUACCGAUGAAACAACAGCCCUUCUUGCUGAUGGGACGAUAGUAGUGGCAGAUGUUAUCAUUGGAGCCGACGGCCAAAUGUCUUCAGUUAGAGCAGCGGUUCUUGAAAUCCCUGUCUCCCCGGUUCCGACCGGGGACAUGGCGUAUCGAGCAGUGUUUUCAAGGGAACAGCUUGAGGGUCUGAAUGAUGACAGUAUCAAUGAGCUCUGCCAGAAAGUUGCCGUAACUAGCUGGCUGGGACCAGAGAAGCAUACUGUAUUCUAUCCUGUCCGCGGCGGUCAGGAGUUCAACCUUGUGCUCCUCCGACCAGAUAAUCUAUCAUCAGGCGCCCGGAAGGAACAAGGCGACAUUGAUGAAAUGCGUGCCAGCUACGCUGAUUGGGAUCCAACUUUACAAAAAAUAAUCUCCUGCGUGCCGUCGGUUUAUAAAUGGAAAUUGACUCAUCUUCCUGAACUUAAAUCAUGGACAAAGGGAUCUGUUGCCAUUCUGGGUGAUGCAUGCCAUCCCACUCUGCCGUAUCAAGCGCAAGGGGCUGCUAUGGCAGUCGAGGAUGGAGCGGUCAUUGGAAAGCUUCUUGGCUCCUUGCAGGCCCAUAUCCUCAAGCCAAGAAUCUCUGGAGUAAAACCAUCUCAAUCGACGAUUUCUUCGGCCCAGAAGCUCACCGCCGAGGUGUUGGCCCUUUAUGAAAAGAAUCGGAAAGAACGCACAACACGAAACGUUCAAGCGGCAGUCAAAAACCGACAGCUCUUUCACAUGCAGGAUGGAAUUCUACAAAAGAUUCGAGAUUUUGUAUUGAGUUACGCUGGGGUAACUCGGAAAACUGAUUGGACAUGGGUCUUAUCAUCCCGACAGAGCCAGACUUAUGGUUGGGAUGUGCUGGAAGACUGUGGAAAACUCUUUGAGUAUUGGAAACUGUCCAUUGAAUAG